AUGGUGGGGUUUUACGUCAAAACAAUCACCCACAGUGGUGGACCUUCCGCUACAUUUGAAAUGAAUGAAAGAAGCAGUACAGACAUCGAGGUUCUUCAAGAUAUUUUCUCGAGAGAGCUUGACGCGCUUGAUCCCAGGCUGCUAGAGUUUGUGAGGCGCCGACUGCUCUAUGCACCUUCUAGGAAGCCUCGGAAUCUUAAGAGACCGAACACGCUGGAUUAUUCUCCUCGCGCACAAAGUAGAGUUGUAGAUACAUUUCUGCACCAGCGUCGGAACGGUUUCUUUGUGGAGGCCGGUGCUUGGGACGGAGAAAAGACCAGCAACUCUUUAUUUUUUGAAAAAUCUCGCAACUGGACCGGAAUACUGAUAGAACCUGACCCCCAAAAUUUUGAGCAACUUGUCAUGAAAAACAGGAAGGCGUUUGUGGUCCAGUCCUGUCUCACGAGUAAACCCAUUUGGCUGGAUUUUACGUUAUCCAGCAGACCAGAUGCUGGAGCCAUCAACCCCAUAAACAAAAACCGACCUAUUAGGGGAAAGACCAGGCUGCUUUGCCUGCCGAUCCAGACGCUUUUAAGCAUCAUUGGUCGGACACACGUGGACUUCUUUUCCCUCGACAUAGAGGGAGCAGAGCUGGAGGUUCUCCGAGCUUUCCCGUGGGAUAAAAUAACGGUCGAUAUGUGGACGGUGGAAGUUCAUCAGCGUAGUAAGAAUUACAGUCAGGCUUUGAUAGAUAUUAGAGGGGUAUUUACUCGAACCGGGAUGUAUAAAGAAGUGCAGCCUAUCGGGCAAGAUCUACUGUUUGUGCGACAAGAUGUCCACUAA